AUGCACUUGUGCUCCCUUGAUGCUCAGUUCCGUGCUGCGUUUGUUGACUCUGCCUUGCUCGCUAAGAACCCCCCCUCCCCCCCCCUCUCCACGUACAUGACCUUGUACCUUCUCGCCUCCCGUCUCCCUGACCGAUUCAAAUCCGCUCGUGAUUAUUUUCUCAUCAUUGAUCCACCGACCCUCACCAUUGAGCUCUUAGAGGAGAAGCUCCUUGUAGUAGAGGGUCCUGCUCGGUCCCUUGCUGCCACUACUGAGGUGGCGGCCGUUGCCUCUGGCAACAAGGCGGGCAAGAAGGGUGGCAAGAAAGGAGGAGGUGGUGGUGGCGGUGGGAACGGCGGUGCGGGUGAUGGUGGAGGGGGUGGAGGAAGUGGAGGAGGUGGAGGGAGUGGAGGAGGUGGCGUUUUCGGUGGUAGUGGAGGUGGGGGUCCUGACUUAGGGAGUGUGGAGCCCCAGCAGCAGCAGCAGCCGCAGGAGCAGCCACAGCAACACUAG